AGAUGCUGAUAGCAUUAUUCUUGCCUGCCAUGCUUCCUCAUUACCCGGUCUUGUACAUCGCUUGGUCCAAUAUAGCAUAUGCAUGACCCUCUUGCCUUAUCAAAACAUCCAUUAGGCAUACAGCUUGCUCGAUCAUCAUCGGUGAUACUGAGAUCCACGUUCAUGCUUAGAAUAAUGCGGUAUUACAAUGGUCUAUUGCUCAUCCUAGUGAUGGUGGCUGUUCCAACCACGGGUGUGUUUGGCUCUGAUCUUCGACAUGUACGAAGAAGCGCGGACGUUGAACCACAAGCAGGCUGGGGGAACAGUCCCACCUCCAUUUUCAACAACAGCACCCCCCAGUACGACUAUAUAUCGCCUUCCAGAGAUUUCCCAAUAUGCACCGAUCUCGACACGCCCCUUGUGCCAUUUUGUCUCCCGCAUGAUGGAGCCGAUGUCAUCGUCGAUGCCACCUAUUAUGUCACAUGGAAUGCCGACUUCUACCCUCUGAACGCCACCAUCACCAUCGAAUUGAGAUAUACAGACUCCACCGUGGGUGACUCUGCAUUCACCUCUGCCAGGGUUGAUAACAGCUAUGGAUACGUUCCAAUCCACAUGAGCGGGGAAUGGCUCCAGGGGAAGUCGCAGAACGCAUUGACCCUGUACAUCAUUGAGCUGGAGCCGUCCUCGGACAGACGGGCCAGUGCACAACAGGGUCCGACGAUUACUCUUCACACAAAGCCUGUGGAGCGCUACAGGCACCCUCCACCAUUGCCAUUUAACGAGGUGGCUCUUUACAUUGGUCUCCCUGUGAGCCUUGGCGUCGUGAUAUGCGUCGUGGCGGGUCUGUUUUUCGGAAUGCGCGAGAGUAGAAGGAUUGGAACUGGAAACAUCAUGGGAUCGAGAAGAAAGGGCUAUGGGAUUCGAAAGUCGAAGUUUGAGCGCCUUGGCCAGGAAUCCAGUGACCAUGGACCUGAGAGUUUCGCCGUACUGAAGAAGCAGUAUGAGGAUGAAGUCCAUUGGCCUUUCCCUGAGACUGCCCAGCGUGAUAAUGAUCUUGAAUGUAGACCCAGUGAUGUCGAGAGAGAAGCAUCAAGGCCAAAUAGUUGGAGGCUGCGGUGAAGCGCGAAGUUUUGUCUUCUUGUUAGGGCUUGGGUCCUAUGGUGGACGAUAACACGGGGCACCAUAGAGGAUAACAGCAGCACACUCCCUUUGAUUGGCAUGGUUGGUCUCUGUUGGCGAUCAAUUUGAGCAUCAUCAGUCUGUGUUAUGAAUUCAGCUUAUUCUAUAUUUAUAGUUUACCAGCUA